AUCUUGUGAGUUCGAGGCCAGCCUGGUCUACAGAGCAAGUUCCAGGACAGGCUCCAAAACUACAGAGAAACCCUGACUCGAAAAACCAAAAACAAAAAAGCAGACAAAUAAAUAAAAAAAGAAUGCAGCUUCCAGAUGGCGUCAUCUACAACAGCCACACUUCAGCACAGCAAGAGACUGAUGCCUUCGUUGCUUCCAGGAGACCUGAUCAAGGUUUUCCAGGAUGCAUUGACCUAUGAGGAUGUGCAUGUGAAUUUCACACAUGAAGAGUGGGCUUUGCUGGAUCCUUCCCAGAAGAGUCUCUACAAAGAUGUGAUGCUGGAAACCUACUGGAACCUCACUGCUAUAGGGUACAAAUGGGAAGAUGAGAAUAUUGAAGAACAUUGUCAAAGUUCUAGAAGACAUGGAAGGUAA